GCGUACCUCCGGCUGAUCGGGCCUUUAGCUUACAGCAAGGUGUAUCUCCGGGUGAUCGGGCCUUUAGCUUACAGCAAGGUGAGAUCGGGCCUUGAGCUUACAACAAGACGUGAUCGGGUGGUCUUUAGUCAGUAUGAUGAUGUUUCAGAUGAGCGUCGUAGGUUCGUCUUCGUGGAGAUUACGGGGCUCGCCAUCGCUCCAGAACUCCGAGCCGAGAAAGGUGCUGGCGCCAAGGGAGGCUUCAACUCUUCCAGUAACCCGCUGGAGACCUUGGUGGCAGGGAUGACUCAGAUACAGGAGGUGCUACUUAAGGGGAGAUCUGGUGGCGAGACCGCUGAGUAUGAUCCCUCGAAGUUGGUGGCAGAGUUUCCGAAGCUGAAGGAGAAUUCCACUGAGUCCGGCGCCAUAGACUUUCAAGAUUGGCUGUACUUGGUGGAGCAGCAAGUGGGUAGCAUGGCAUCUGGAGCUUCAGUUUGGUGGAAUGGGAUGGUUGCGGCAGCUAUGGCGGCAUAUGGGAGAUACCAGGCGUCUACGCCGAUUCAGAGGCUGUCUAUCUCAGCUGAACUGCCUGCGGAGCUGGAGGAUGCAAAGUUCUCUAAGUUGGAGAAAAGGGUGGCGGCCUUAUUGGUUGCCUCGUUGCCGCAGGCGAUGCACGAGGAGAUGGUGGCGUACCGGGUUCGGCGAGUGCAUCAGCAGCUAUUCAGGCUGCUGGUGUGUUACCAGCCAGGCGGCAGCUCUGACAGAGCUCUUGUGCUGUCGCAGUUAGACCCGAAGGAUGGGUCAACAGAUGUGGGCGAGGUUGCGGCCUCACUUCGAAGGUGGUUUCGCUGGCUGCAGCGAGCUCAGGAUCUACAGCUUUCACUACCGGACCCUUCGAUCCAGAUAAAGGCCCUCACCUCGCUGACCAAGAAGCUGGCGGAUCGGAACUCGGACUUCCAGUUCAAGAUCUCCUUGGCACGUACGGAGUUGAGAGUAGACAGCCGCCCAAGCCAAGACACGGCUCUCCGCUACUUUCAGCACUUGCUCGCUGAGGUGGAACAGAUGGGGCCAACUAAGGCAAAACCUUCUACAGCGGCGGCAGCUUUGAGUGCACAAGCUAUGGCGGUUGCAGCCGAAGACACUCAGCAGCGACCUCGAGCGGGACAAGGGCAGCAACCUAAGGCGCCUACGCAGACGCCGACCUCUCCCAAGGAAGGGAAAGGAGAGGGCAAGGGCAGUUGCAAGUGGUUUGUUUCUGAGCAGGGCUGCAGCCGUGGGAGAGCAUGCCGCUAUCUACAUGACUGGUCGCAGGUUGUGAAGGCGGAGCGUUGUCUGGUAUGUGGCAGCAAAUUGCACAAGGUGAAGGACUGCCCAAGAAAAGACCAGGAGCCAGGAUCAGAUAGUCCGGGACCAAAGGGUCUGAACCGAAAGGAGCUGAGGGCCCUGGCGUCAAUGUCUUCUUCGUUUACAGGGCAGGGAUCUGCAGCAGCGCCAACGGCGGCAGCAAAACCGCAGCCUCCGCCGCCCCCUCAGGCUUCGAUGGCUAUGACUCCGGCUGCAAAGGCAGCAGCAGAUCCACCUAUCCAACCCGCUGUUACAAGCGACUCGCUCAAGGAGAUGUUGGUUGAGACAACAAAGGCUCUGAAGGCUUUGAGUAUGACAUCGGCCCCUUCGCUGGCGACGCCAGAGCAGAGCGCCCCGGCAGUGCAGGACCCAUUGCAGCUCCUGUCCAGGCGCCUUAACAAGUUCACGUUGAAGAGUUUGGAUGAGAGGAUGGCCUUGCUAGACUCCGGUGCCAGCCAUGCCUAUCGAAAGGCCCACAACGGAGAGGAGUGUGACAGGGCACGGCCAGUGAGUGUGAAGCUUGCCGAGGGCGAAACGACGCUCCUACAGACCGAAGCGGGCACGCUACUGGGAGAUAGCGCGGCCGAGACCUUGGUUCCCUUAGGACAGCUGGUCGAAGUUUUAGGGUGCACCGUACAAUGGAGCAAGAACCGUUUGGUUGUGACGCACCCCGUGCACGGCCGAUUGAAAGUUCAAGUUCGAGACUUUUGCCCUCAACUUGCUGAACAACAAGCGCUCAAGCUAAUAGCCGAACUUGAGGAGAAGAGACUACGAGACUUCAAUAAGGCGGUGCACUCCCUCGAGUUGAAGAUGGCCCAGAGCGACCGCGAGAUGGAAUGGUUUGAGUAUGUUCAGGACUAUGUGGUAAAGGGCGAUAGAGUGGACUUGUUGGCGGCUAUUUCCAAGGCACCCUUUUUCCAAGACUACCCCAUCGAGACGAUCGCCACGGCCGCCGAGGGCAUCCCUGUUCAAGAACGAGACGGGUGGCUUUUGUUGAAGGGCAUGCCGUGGUCGAGAAGGAAAAGGAGAUCCUUGUUUCAGUCUAAGGACUGGAAUGUUCACUUGUUCUCGGGAGCUACAAAGCGCGGGGACCCAACGACUACAUCCUCGAAACUAGCAGUUACGAGCGCUACGGGCGUGAAUGUGGAUGUAGACCUUCUCGACUCCAACCUCCUGAAUGUCACUCGGAUGGAUGGGAUAUACAAGCUUCUCUUGUGGGCCGCUGCUCAAGGGCGAAUUCGGACUUUGAUUGGUGGACCUCCCCGACGGUCUUACUUGAAGGAAGAUGAGCAGCGCCGGGAUAAGGAGGAGCAGUUGCUAGCCAGGAUGUUGAUCUUGGGCAUGGUGGCUAUGGAAGGCAGGCGACAGUAUAGGAGCGAGCGAGUUGGAGUUGCCAUUGAACACCCCGACUAUGAGUCUGAAGGCGGCAAUUUUUGGCAAAGCUCAAUGUGGAAGGAGUUUGCUGAAUGCUACUCUUUGGAGGUGAUAAGGUCUGGGAAGGGCUCCACGGGAACUAACUUCAACGGAAGGUUGCUCUACAAUGUUGCCUCUACAACAGCCCCAUCUGGAAAAUGGACAGAUGAAUAUGUCGAGUGGAUGGGUGAAGUGAUCAAUGGUUGGACUGGGUACAGUCUACGUGACUCAAUCCUGUGUUCUGUUGCCGUGGACAAGGAGGAUGUCAAGCUGGGCAAGAUGACGGCGAAGGAGUGGCUGCCCGAGACCCCUGCUGACCCGAGAGAGCCAGUCGAUGAGGACGAUGGUGGAGGAGUUGGCGAAAUCUUCCGUGAAGAAGAUGAAGAGUUUGACAAGGUUGCUGGGCCCCUGUCUGAUGAGUUCGUUAUUGUUGGGGAUGAUGCGAGCAAGGAAUAUGCCGAGGAAAACGAGGAGGGCAAGGAGGUUACUAAAGAAGAGCGGGAAGCUAGAGAAGCUUCGGAGCCCCUCGAGUUCUCGGUGGCCUACUUUGUUCGACCCCUUCGCUCUAGGCGGUCCGGCGAAGUUCUACGAGCGUUGCAGGAAGUGUACAUUGACGUGAAGAUGCUGGGCCUUCCUGUAAAUCGCCUUCACGCGGACCGG